AAUAUCAUAACAACAAAUUCUUGAGAGUUCAAAUUCUAUCUCAAUCUUUGUGAGAUAGAAUCCUUGACCUCCAAUUUUUUGUUGUUAAUCUAAUUAAUCUUAAUUAAUUUUGUUCAUUAUCAUCAUUAUUAAUUAAUCAUGGUGGGUUUCAGUGGAACAACAGAGAAAUGCAAGGCCUGCGAUAAGACUGUUCAUUUCAUUGAAAUGAUCUCUGCUGAUGGCAUUCCUUUUCAUAAGACUUGCUUCAAAUGCAGCCACUGCGAUGGCCGUCUUGUGAUGAGCAACUAUUCCUCAAUGGAGGGAGUAUUGUACUGCAAAACUCACUUUGAGCAACUUUUCAAGGAGACGGGCAGUUUUGCCAAAAAGUUUCCACCAUCCGGAGACAAGAAAAAUGGACUGGCAAGAACUCCUAGUAAACUUUCCUCAAUGUUCUCUGGCACCCAAGACAAAUGUGCAAAAUGCAAGAAAACUGCCUACCCAUUAGAGAAGUUAAGCGUGGAAGGAGAAUUCUACCACAAAUCAUGCUUCAGGUGCUCUCACGGAGGCUGCUCUGUGACAACUUCAUCAUAUGCUGCUCUUGAUGGUAUAAUUUACUGCAAGCCACACUUUGCUCAAUUGUUCAAAGAAAAAGGAAGCUACAAUCAUCUCACACAGUCCGCUUCGAUCAAGAAAAAUCUUGAAAAUACAAUUGAAGAAGAAGAAAAAGCUGAGGAAGUUCAAGCAGAAGAGGGUGAAGUAGUUGCACAAGAACAAUCAUAGCCUCCUUUUUUACGAGAAUGUGCAUAUAAAUGAUUUAGUCCUUAAUGUUGUCCUUAAUUUAUUUUAAUCCUCCAAUUUGGUAGGAGCAAUGGAUUAGCUAAUUAAAUUGGGUAGCCAUGAAAUGUUUUUGGGUUGAUUUUGGUUUCUUGGAUGUUGUUCAAUUUGUUAAACGAAUCAAGAUGUUUUGUCAUUAGGGGCAAGAUGAAGGAAGUUCAAGUUAAUGAAAUUAUUUUUGUUCUC